GAAUAGAUUCGUAUAAUGAACAGUAGACUAUCAGGGAGAAAUUUGACGGGGAAUAUACCUGCAGAGCUUGCUAGUUUAACUGGCCUAGUCGAAUUAUGGCUUGAUGGAAACGUGCUUUGUGGCCAUAUACCUGCUCUCGGUGCAUGCUUAAGUCUCAGAAACAUUCACCUUGAGAACAAUAAGUUAACUGGUGAUCUAUCAUUUUUGGAUGGCCUAUCAAAUUUACAAGAACUGUAUGUCCUUUCUUGCCAUUAUAUUGUCAUUUAACGAACAUCAAUGUUUGCCCAAAUUUGUUCUCUUUUAACGUUUGGCUUUGUCUAGCACCAACUCCAGCAUGAAGUAACUAUUGAGCUUGCAGGUAC